AUGUUGCGAGAGAAGAAGGAAGCAUCCUCCGCUACAAUUUCGAAAAUCAGAUCCAACAUGACAGCCAGCGAGCUUCAGAGAUAG